ACACAUUCUUGAAGAAGAAGACGACUUUUCAUCCACCAUAGAAAGCAGUUACUUACGACAGUCCCAUUUCACCAAAUCUACCCUUAAACAAUGUCUCUAUAUCACCACCUCUUCUGUAUCUAUCUCUCACAACUCUCCUCUCUAUCUCAUGCAUCCCCUUCGCCGAAAAGUCUCAUCCUACACCGCAGCCAUGAAGCAGCGAAAGAACAACAACUUAUCUGUCUUCGUAGUUGUCUUCUCGGUUUUUCUUUUCGGCUUUUUCAUGUACAACGAGGACGUCAAGUCCAUCGCUGAGUUCCCAUUCUCCAGACCAAAAACCGACCACCCUCUUGAUUCUGAGGGGGUGGUUGAGAUUAAUUCAAGGACAACUAUUGUUGUCGAGUCGAAAACAGAUGAGGAUCAAGUGAUUGAGCUGCCUGUUGUUCCUGCUGAUGAGGAAGUUGAGGACGAUGAGGAGAUCGUAUUUCCACCCGAAGAAUGCAACUUGUAUGAUGGAAGAUGGGUUUAUGAUGAUGCGACACACCCGUUGUAUAAAGAAGAUCAAUGCGAGUUUCUUACGGCUCAAGUCACUUGUAUGAGAAAUGGGAGGAAGGAUUCUAUGUAUCAGAAUUGGAGGUGGCAGCCUAAGGAUUGUAACUUACCUAAGUUUAAGGCGAAAUUGUUGCUGGAGAAACUGAGGAACAAGAGACUUAUGUUUGUUGGCGAUUCGUUGAACCGAAAUCAAUGGGAAUCGAUGGUGUGUUUGGCCCAAUCGAUUAUUCCUCCAGGAAGAAAGAGCUUGAACAAAACCGGCUCGCUUUCUAUUUUUAGAAUUGAGGAUUAUAAUGCCACGGUGGAAUUUUAUUGGGCCCCGUUUUUGGUAGAGUCAAAUUCAGAUGAUCCAACAAUGCAUAGCAUAUUGAACCGAAUCAUAAUGCCUGGAUCCAUUAAAAAGCACGGUAAAAAUUGGAAAAAUGUUGACUAUUUGGUCUUCAACACCUACAUUUGGUGGAUGAACACCUUCACCAUGAAAGUCUUGAGGGGAUCAUUUGAUAAAGGAGAUACAGAAUAUGAUGAGGUUGAAAGGCCCGUGGCGUACACGAGAGUUUUGAAGACAUGGGCGAAAUGGGUCGAUAAAAAUAUAGACCCGAAUCGGACAACAAUUUUUUUCAGCAGCAUGUCUCCUCUACAUAUCAAGAGUUUAGAUUGGAACAAUCCGGAUGGCAUAAAAUGUGCAAAGGAGACUAAUCCAAUUCUUAACAUGUCCAUGCCGUUUAGCGUUGGUACCGAUUGGCGACUCUUUACGGCUGCAACCGAUGUCUUACAAUCAAUGAAGCUUCCGGUCCACUUUCUCAACAUAACUUCACUUUCAGAAUACCGUAAAGAUGCACAUACUUCUGUAUACACCAUUCGCCAAGGUAAGAUGUUGACUAAAGAGCAACAGGCGGACCCCAACACUUACGCGGAUUGUAUACAUUGGUGUCUUCCUGGAUUACCCGACACAUGGAACGAGUUUCUUUAUACACGAAUCAUUUCCCGCUCUUGAUCGGUGCAAGCCAACUCUUUCCUUCACAUAGCGUUAAAAAAAUUGGAAAUUUCUUUCACAUACCUUGUAUCUAGGGACAGGCCAAUUUUAAAUUCUUGUAUCUUAUUUUAAAAUUUUUGUUUUAGACGUUUGAUCACAAAAUCAAAUUAAAAAAUGUCCCAAAUGUACAAUGAAGUGUUGAAAGACGGAAUAAAUGAAUGCACAAAUUGUAAGUAGUAUGUGUCAUUUCAAUUUAA